CAAUUGUCAAACAAUUUCCGAAGUGUCGUAUCCGGCACAUGUCCUACUGCAGGUCCGUACUGUUUUUUCGAGGUUACAGCACAAGUCAAGCAACUUUAUCCGAAAUUGUAAAGACUUUGUUGCAACCCGCGUUGUUAUUCUACGUGGAGAAACCUCCAGCGCUGCUUCAGAGACCGCAUGCUGUGUCAAAAACAGUUAAAGUAAGCUGAGGCCUAGCAGGUAGCUAACGUGACCGAGGUUUGCUGGAUGAAAACUUCUCCACUGUGUUGCUGCAGUGGUACAGUAAACCCUUAACUCAGCAUGCAUCCCGACCUGUCACCUCACCUGCACACGAGCGAGUGUAAUGAACUGAUAACUCAUCUGAAGCAGUGUCACAAGGAGCACAACGUCAUGAGGUUCUUAGGCGCGUGUAAUGAAGCGGACCGUGCUAUGCGUGCAUGCCUGAGGAAGGAGAGGGAGGAAAAUCAGGCCCGCAGUCAGCAGCAUGCACGAGACAUGAAAAAGAGACUGAAAGAAGGACCCAAGGAGCAGCUCUGAAGGACACUUUAGUGCAAUAUUGUCGCUCACAACGCAAGUUAAAAGUAUUGGGAUAUUGAUACAUUGAAUUAAUCAUGACACUGUGUAAAAGGCCUCUGCUGCAGGUUUAUGUUAAGACAGAGGAACGGUUAUAAGUCUGACACUGACUUUGAUCAUCUGCACAGAAUAAAACUUGCAGUGGUACUAGGACACUUUAGGUCAACAUAAAAAAUAAAAAUAAAACAGCAUCUAGUUCUUAAAGAUUAAAGAUUGCUGUUGGUGAUCAUCAUUUAUUUCCUCUUAGCAGCACACCUACAGCUUCGUCAAAGAGAUUAGUGUAGCUGGUGGAAGAAGCCUUUCAUAAAACUAUUAUUUUAGUUGUCAGGAUGCCUCAGUAAUCCUCUGGUACCUGAUUCAUUCAUGAACAUUUUGGGCAGUUCAUUUCAGGGUAUCAGAGACCCAAAACAGGUUGACAAGUGUUUUUUCUGCUACUCUGUGCAGAAACACCCAUUGGACAAAGUUGUUUGAAAGUCUGUUUGAAUAAAGAAUCAUGUUGAUUUGUGA